CGCUGCGUCAGGCGCCGGCGGAGGGCGCGGGGCCGGGCCAGGGCCGUGCCGCCGGUGGAGCCGCCCGCCCGCUGCCGCCAUCGCCAUGGCAACGGCCGCAGACCCUCUGGGUCACGUGCCAGCAUCCUGAAGGCCAUGGCCGUUGAGGCAGGUAAAUGGAUUGAAAUCCUUCUUCAGAAGUGCGAUGCGCGUACUGCAGGAUGGUGACAGCGUUAGGCAGCUGAUGUGCAGAACUGAGGUCAGGGAACAUGAUGUCAAAAAGGAUCACGUAUGCCCCCUUGCUCAGAGCAUGCUGAAAUUGGCACUUGGGCUAAGGGGAACUUGUGUGUGUAAACGGAUGUUGCAGCAGCUUCAGGGGUUGUACCUGUAGGUGGCAGAGGCCUUACUAGUUACUUCUGAAAGCAAGGAUUCUGUCAUAAACAUUUCUGGGACAACUAGUCAUGCCGGGCUCUUGCAAGUUCCUAAUUCAGAAGUGUGAUGACUGCCUUAUGUCUUCAACGCUUCCUGACUGGACAAAUCCAGCGGGUGCACCAAAAGGAGCAUGUAGCUGCUGAAACUAGACUAAAGGUGUUGCCUGAAGCUGUCUCGGUUCACAUGUCCUUCAUGUACCUGAUCUUGCCAGGCUCAGGUCUUAAAUGUCUUGACAGAACAUGAAAAUCAAAGGGAAGAAGUGAGGUACAGGAGAACUGAGAGUAAGAUGAACAGUAUGAUGGAUUCAGAAGGUUCUGCCCCAAUGAAUUCAAAGGAAUAUAUCAGCAAUGACGUAACAGCUACCUCUGGUAAACAUUAUCUUUGUGGCUAUUGUGCAGCCUUCACAAAUAUAGUAGUCACUUUUCCCAUCCAGAAGGUCCUCUUUCGGCAGCAGUUGUAUGGUUUGAAAAUAAAGGAUGCGGUACAUCAGCUGCAGAAGGACGGAAUUAGAAACCUCUAUCGUGGCAUCCUUCCUCCAUUAAUGCAGAAAACAACAACACUGGCUCUGAUGUUUGGCUUGUAUGAAGACGUCUCCUCCCUGCUCCAUAGCCACACAACUGCUCCUGAACUCCUCACCGGCAGCAUGGCAGCAGUGCUUGCGGGGACCGCGGAAGCUGUUCUUACACCUUUUGAGCGAGUUCAGACUUUGCUUCAGGACUACAAACACCACGAUAGAUUUACAAACACUUACCAGGCUUUCAAGGUUCUGAAAGUCUAUGGCAUGAGAGAAUAUUAUCGGGGAUUGGUGCCUAUUCUGCUCCGAAAUGGACCCAGUAAUGCACUCUUCUUUGGCCUACGGGGACCUAUCAAACAGUGUCUGCCUGAAGCAACUUCUUACAGUGCUCAUUUGGUCAAUGACUUUAUCUGUGGAGGGCUAUUGGGUGCCAUGCUGGGUUUCUUGUUUUUCCCAGCAAAUGUUGUAAAAACUCGCAUGCAAGCGCAAAUUGGUGGUGAAUUUCAGUCCUUCUCAAAAGUUUUUGUGAAGAUCUGGCUGGAGCGCGAUAGAAAACUCAUCCACCUUUUCAGAGGAGCCCAUCUGAAUUACCAUCGUUCUGUCCUGUCUUGGGGCAUAAUCAAUGCAACCUACGAAUUCUUGCUCAAGCUGUUGUGAAAACCACUAUCUUCCUUUGGCUCUUCUGUUCAUUUGGGUAUUGGCACAUAUGAUGUCACUUAAUCCCAGGGAACGGUGCCUGCGUAGUGUGAAAGUUAUUAGUCUUGGCCUUCAGUAUUUAUGGGAUGAAUGGUGAUGCAUCUAAACCUUGAUGCAAUUAAGAAGAACUUUCUGAAGUAUUUAUUUGCAGGCAGAUGAGUUUACCCAUAAUGGAGCUACUAGACAAAUACAAGGUUUAAAAAAACAAACAAAAAAAAAAAGACAGUCCAGUGGCUUAGUCAAUAUCACUCCCAAAAUUUCUUAAUGCUCCGUGAUGGAAUGUGCUUCACUGUCCACAUUGCAGAACAUGAGAAUCAAGGAGAGGCUGAUGAAAAUUGAUUCCUUUGCUGAUAAACUUCAAAAUCUCAAUUUAAGAACAGCAUUUUCAAAUGUUUUAGGGUCCUAAGUAAUCCUUAUUGUUUAAAGCUAGAAGGACAGAUCCACCUGAGGAUGACUGAAGUUUAGGACUUCAAGCUUCAACUAAGCCUACACAAACUCUUCUGCCAGCCAUUUUGAUGCUUGGCUUUAAGAUGGACAUUUCAUUCAGCAGUGUAAGAGUGGUUACCAAAUGUUAAGUUAUAACUUCGGUGUCAGCUGACUCCAGUUCAAAGGGGGAUCUCUGUGUGUGUAUACGUACAUGUGUGCCUUCAUGUGAAAAGGGAAAAGUGGAAGGAAUGGAACAGCAAAUUUCCUAAAGCUUUAAAGUGUCCUUUCUUAACCUUCUACUUUUAAACAUGGAGCAUGUUCCAGAAUUUUUUUUUGCAUUGCAUUGCUGCUUUUUGUGUUGCUUACAGCUAUGGGGCCAGAAGGCAGAUGGCCUUUUCUGUGAUGUUCAUGAAAUACUUCAGUUCCUGCAGCUGUGAAAGUAGUUCACAAACAUAGCUCUUUUGUACUGAGCUAUCUUGUGUUUCGCAAGUUUUUCCUGUUUUAUUUGGGCUGUGGAAUAAUGGAUCCCAACAAGGUAUUUUUACCUGGCACUUGGAAUAAUGGAUUCCCAACAAGGUAUUUUUACCUGAUGUGUAUUCUUUACAGUUCUGUAAAACAGAAGUGUACAGCAGCACUGACAAGAUGAGUUUUCUGUGUAUUACCCACUUCAGUGGAGGACUGUAAGUGUAGCAGAGACGACAGCCAAAGACAACCUUAGAAGUAGCUAGGUAGGAAAGAUACAGCUUUUGGAGACCUGUUUAAGGACUUCUGUAGGUGAGUAUUGAAAAAGACUUACAGAAGAAUGAAGUAUUGUGUGUCUUCCAGACUUGGGAGUUGAGAGAUAUGACUUCAGGCCUUAGAGAAGGGGAUAGAAGAGCAAGCAUGAUCAUAAAGCAGGUGAGGGUCUUAAAAAAAUUUGAAUUUCCUGGGGGACUUUAUGAAACUAUAUAUACAUAAAAUAUUUUGGAUGAUGGAGGACAAGAAAGCUUUCAGAAACUGGUCUGAAUUGGUCUUUUCAUAAGUUUUGGAGUGUCUAUUGCUUUUUUUUUUUUUUUUUUUUUAAAUUUGAGUUUUCCAUUUGCUAGGCUGUCCUGAAAUACUGAUUCUAAUCAGUGUGUUACAAUUAUAAUAUAGUCCCUAGCUUCACAGUCAAAAAUGGCCAGGCACAAGUGAGCAUUCUUGUAUCUGAAUGUUGCGGUUAUCUGCAUUUAAAUAAAAUGUUUACUGAA